AUGGCGUUCAUUGUUGACGUUGUGGAAACGCUAAAGCCGUCUUUGACGGUGACCUCUGUCUCGGUUCUCUUGGUCUUGUAUCUCUGCUAUUUGACCGUCUACCGUCUCUUUCUGAGCCCAAUAGCCAGAUUCCCUGGACCCAAGCUUGCUGCCUGGACAUAUUGGUACGAAUACUGGUACGACGUUGUUGCCGAACCUGAAUAUACCUUCAAGAUUGGCCGACUGCACAAGCAAUAUGGGCCAAUUCUCCGUAUCAACCCCGAUGAGAUCCAUAUCUGCGACCCCGAUUUCUAUGACACGAUCUAUGCUGGCAGUGGACGCAAGCGCGACAAAUGGGACUGGAUCACCAAGUCUUUUGGCGUAGAUGAAAGCCUGAUUGGGACACUUGAUCACGAUGAGCACCGUAUACGCAGGGCUUCACUCGCUCCCUAUUUCUCUAAGCAAAGCGUCCGAUCCCUGCAGCCCUUGAUCGAUCGGAAUGCAUCUAUCUUGAUGCAGCGGAUUCGACAAUUCGCCGAGUCGAAGGAAGAGCUAAACUUAAACGUGGCAUUUGCCGCAUUGACAAACGACAUCAUCAUGGACUAUGCUUUUGGAAGGAGUGAUCAUCGCCUCGAAGCCUCAGACUUUGAUCCAUCUUUCCAAGAUGCGAUGCUUAAAGGUGGCAAGGCAGGGCACAUUAUGAAGCAUUUCCCCUUCGUUAUGGAUAUGCUCCGCAAGCUGCCCGACUCCCUUCUAUUCAAGCUGAGUCCCGAGAUGGGAGCGUAUGCUCAACUGCAGACUAGCAUCAAGCAACAAGUCGCCGAGAUACAGAGUGCGCACCAGCUCCACGCGUACGACAAAACUAAUCGCACGAUAUUCCACGAGAUUCUCAACAGCAAACUCAGCGAGUACGACAAGUCGACGGAUCGGCUUUGGCAGGAGGGAGAAGUGGUCGUGGCGGCCGGCACAAUCACAACCGCGUGGGCAUUAUCAGUUUCGACGUACUUCACACUCGCCACGCCUUCCAUUCUCACGCAACUCAAGCGAGAACUGGAGACUGCGAUUCCGGAUCCCUCGCAGCCACUCAACCUCGUAGUGCUAGAGCAACUGCCGUUCCUAACAGGCGUCGUGCAGGAGGGUGUGCGCCUCAGCCACGCCAUCUCGCACCGUCUGCACCGGAUUUGCCCCGAUGAGACCCUUCACUACAACGAUGGCAAGAAGGAGUGGCUUAUCCCGGCAGGAACGCCGUUGAGCAUGACGAGCAAUCUGGUGCACCAUGACAAACGCAUCUUCCCGGACUCCCAUGCCUUCAAGCCCGAGCGCUGGAUCGAGAAUCCGCGUCUCGACAGGUACCUUGUGUCUUUUGGGAAGGGCGGCAGAGCCUGUCUCGGUAUCAAUCUGGCGUAUGCAGAGCUGUAUCUGACACUCGCCACACUAUUCCGGAGUUACGGCUCUGUUGAUGUCCAGGGAAAGGAUGAUGUCGGUGUUUUGGUGCUUUAUGAAACAACUGCGGCAGAUCUAGUCAUCACGAGCGACGAGGUGGCACCAGUGAUGGCGGAGGACUCAAGGGGGUUGAGGAUUAAAGUUUUGGCUCGGGGAGAGUGAAAAAAGGUGAUACGAGAUGUUUUUUUUUUUUUUUUUUU